GUUUAAAGAAAUGGCAACCAGCGAGCGCAGUCCGCCGAAAAAAAAAACCAAGCGAUUAAAAAAAUACAGAAGUAAAUGGGAAAAUGACUACUACUGGCUGAAAUGCGUGAGCGAUAAUGUGUACAAGGCCAACUGCACCGUCUGCCGUCGGGUUUUCUCCAUCGGCCACGGAGGAGUUGGUGACAUUAAACAACAUGGCUCGGGAGAAAACCAUAGGAAGUGCGAGCGGCUGUCGAGGACAAAGGAGCGACCCCUCACAACCAACAGAGAACACAUUGGAGGACCCUCCACUUCAGCAUCAGAAACGGGAAUGCUCUCUAAGUCAGUAGGCAGCCAAACUCUACUAUCUGGAGAGAUGUCAGACAGCCUGAGGGGAGCGUUCAUGGCCCAGCUGACUUCCACCAUGAACACAUUAUUGAAGACAGCCGUAUGUGAAAUUGCCAAGAUCUUUGAGAACAGCCUUUGUGACCAUCAAAUGGAGCUGUUGCUGAAAGGACAGGAGAGCCAGCUGGAGAACCCAGUGUUGACAUUGGAGGAACAGAGUGUCGAUGAACAGGAAAGGGAUGAAAUGAAAAUAUAUGAUGCUGCGUCACUUACCUCUGAAUCGGCUCCCUGUGUGUUAAACUCACCUGAAAUCAACUUUGAAGGACCUAUUGACUGGUGUGCCCCACUGAGCAGUGAUGAUACGGCUGAGUCUUCCCAGACCAGACCGGACAUAAUUGAGUACCCAGGUGUACCCCAGAGAUCACUAUCUGUGUCUCUGUGGCGCAUUCCAACCAUCAAAAAGGAGGUAGAGGCUGACUUUGAAACUCACCUGCGAAAGGCCCUUGACAACUGUCUCGGGGAAGGUUCAUCACCAGCUAAACUGAAUGACAGCCUGGAAUGCAGUCAGGAUUUAAGCUCGCCUCUGCCUGCCACAAAACGUCGCGGUCCAGGUCGGCCACGAAAAAGUGUCACACAGCUGGUACAGACCAUCAGAAGAGAGGAGCCUGUACUACAAGUGAGAAGGGACGAUAAACAGGAGUUAUCCUUGACAGAACAUGGAAAUAAUUUGUCGGAAAACCAUGACAAUAACAAAACGCUUCCAGUAACUGAAUUUAACUCGGUGCAAGAUGACAAAGCCAAGAAGCAUAUGAAUGAUACUUGUAAAAGAAACACCUGUAAGUUCUGUCAUAAAGUCUUUAAUACAGAGUUUGGCCUGAAAGUACAUGUACGGUCACAUAAGAAAUGCCCAGGUUGCCACAAGACGUUCCCUUUCCCAAGUACUCUCCGUGUUCAUAUGAAGUCUUGCUCUGAAAUCAAAAAAGCACGCACAUUGUUAAAAACCAAGUCCAUUGACCUCCAAAAACAAAAACACAAAUUCGGCACUAAACACUGCAGAAUGGAAUUCCCAAACAAAAUUGCAUAUCAGAAUCACGUGUUCCACACUCACAAGGACAGGCCUAAUCUCUGCCAGCUCUGCGGUAAAGGCUUCUACAGCAUUAGACACCUCAGCAACCACUAUGAGCAUGUCCAUGUGUAG